AUGGGCGACCAGCAUGCAGCAGCAGCAAGCCACUACGCCAUCCUCAUCGGCAUCGAUGCUUACCCAGCCGGACCCCUGACGAGCUGCGUACGAGAUGUUCAGAUGAUCAGGAAAUGCCUCGAGGAUAAACUGAGCUCCGUCGACAUGCAGAUUUUGACGGCAAGUAAGAGCCCUGAUCCAGAGAUGGCCAUGCCCCUUGAAGACCCGGAAUGCUGGCCAUCAAUACGCAAUGUGACUUUAGCUUUUGAAAGGAUCACGUCUCAAGCAAAGUCUGGAGACUUCGUUUACAUUCACUACUCUGGCCACGGGACCAGACUACCACCAUGCUGGGACUUCUCGAACGAGUCAACCGGAGAUUUGGCCUUGGUUCUCCUUGAGGAAGAUCAAAGCUCACCGCCAUGUCUCCGCGGACCGCAACUGGCCCGCCUUCUCAAGAACAUGAUAGACAAGGAAUUGGUCAUUACCCUUGUCCUGGACUGCUGUUUCUCGGCGGCCGUCUACCGCAAGAGCGACUGCAGUGUUCGAUACCUUCCGUGCGGCCUCGAGGCGGCCUCAACGCCUUCACCGUGUCCGGAAGAUGGCUUCACAGGAAGUGACACUCGUUCCACGAACCGCGCUGCGUCUAUGCACGACAACUGGUUGCUGGAACCGGACCGGUACACCAUACUCGCCGCUUGCGGACCUCACGAGAGGGCCACAACUGGCUCCGAGGCAUCAGCGAAAGGAGUCAAAUACGGUGCUCUGUCCUACUUCUUGUGCCAAACCUUGUCUGACCACGGACUUGGGAGGAGACACAAGCACAUACACCGUCAUCUAUGUGCUAGGUUCCGGGAAUCCUGCGUGGCGCAACAUCCUGUCCUCUAUGGAAACGCGGACCAGGGCUUCUUUGGUCAAGUGAGUCUGCUCUGCGGCGAGAGGUCCAUCUGCAUCAUGGAACAUGAAGGAAGCCUCCAGUUACUGGCCGGGCAGGCCCACGGUCUCCGCAACGGCGACCGGUUUACUGUGUAUCGUCCAGGAGGCCAUCGCCGUGCUGAGGACCGGUUCAUAGCCAAGGUUGUCCGCGCCGGGGCCCUGACGUCCCAGUUGGAGCUGUUAGCAACCAGGCGCAAUGUUCAGACGGGAUGGGUCGCGGAACCAUUGGCUUGCGCGUAUUUCGCCGAUUUCCCCAUUCGACUGGCAGCCCAUCUUCCGCGGCACGAUGAACUGCUAGCAGCUCUGAAAGAACGGUCUCUAAGUACCAACAUGGACAACCAUCAAGUUCCGGCCCUCCAAGUCGUCCUGGGCAAUACCGACGAGUACGAGAUCCUGGACGACUCUGGUCGGAAGCUCAUCAACGUACCGGCCAUGCCGCGAGACCAGACGGGUAUUCGUCGUGUCUGCGAUGUGCUACAACACUUGGCCCGGUUUAGGAUAGCCAAGGACUUGGUUAAUCCGACGCCUACGGCUGCAUUCCGAACGUCAUUCGAUGUGCACAUAAUCAGGGACAGCACGGCGUUCGGUCCAGGGGAACAGAUAGAGGUGCGGCACAACAGCAGUGUGAAAGUGGCUAUAAAGAACAAGGGAGAUGCAGUUCUAUAUGCUUACCUGUAUAGCCUUGGCCCGUGUUGGGGGGUCAAAGGGAUCCUCCGUGCGACUUACCAAGCUAUUCCUCCACGGACGGAUCCUCUCAACGGCGACGUUGCAUUCACGGGAAUGGCUUCAUGGAGCAUAAGGAUGAUGAUCCGUCCAUUGAUGAUGGAGCAUGGUUCAUGCGAGGACAUCAUCAAAGUCUUGGUAACGUCCCAGCCAACAUCGUUUGACUUGCUAGAGUUGUCCAAUCUUGACGAGCUAGCGAAGAUGGUUUCCGGAAGCAGGCUCAGUCAUCCCAACAGCCACGUACCGGAGGACUGGAUAGCAUUGAACUUCCCUAUCCGCACAUCACUCUGA